AUGACAUCCGCUCUUGCUACGUCAUUCGGUGUGUCGUCUGCUUACUUUUAUCUGGCGUAUUUCCGGUUCAAUGUAACUAUUUCUGCUUCACCCCGCUCUCUCUCUCUUCGAUUCACUUUUGAAUUCCCUAAAUUAAACUACUCCAACUUUCUGCAUAACAACAUGUCUCCAAAUACGUUAUUUGAAUUCUUGAAACUAUAUCUAUCUAUCUAUCUAUCUAUCUAUCUAAUAGCUAUAUCUAUCUAUCUAUCUAUCUAUCUAUCUAUCUAUCUAUCUUAUAGCUAUAUCUAUCUAUCUAUCUAUCUAUCUAUCUAUCUAUCUAAUCGCUAUAUCUAUCUAUCUAUCUAUCUAUCUAUCUAUCUAUCUAUCUAUCUAUCUUAUAGCUAUAUCUAUCUAUCUAUCUAUCUUAUCUAUCUAUCUAUUUUAUAUCUAUAUCUAUCUAUCUAUCUAUCUAUCUAUUUUAUAGCUAUAUCUAUCUAUCUAUCUAUCUAUAUAAGAAUCUUUUUGUCUGAGUUAGUCUCACGUCUCUUUCCCACUGAAACUGUUUGCAUCCAUUGUCAUCAUGUUUAUCUAUAUUACGUCCAAGUUGUGCGGCUGGGGGGCAACGAUGCCAUGAAAUGA